GCUUUCUGUUUAUCUGACAAUGGCUCAGCUGGCUGGCCCUGAUGAGAUAGAGUCAUUUCGGAUUGAGUUAGCAGAGAUUGGAAGAAGCAUAAGGACCUCAUUCAGGAGUCAUGUGUCGAGUUUUCGUAGCGUUUCAACUGUGAAAUCUGAGCAUGGUAGGGAUGCUGAUGGUGAAGAUGUGUCACAAUGGGUUGAUGUUGAGAGAUUACCAACCUUCGAACGGAUUACCACUGCUUUAUUUGAGGAGCAAGAUGGCACCGCUGGAAAUGGAGAUGUUAAGGGGGGGAAGAGAAUUAUUAAUGUUGCCAAACUUGGAGCUCAAGAACGGCAUAUGUUCAUUGAGAAGCUCAUCAAACACAUUGAAAAUGAUAACCUCCGAUUGUUGCAUAAACUUAGGAAAAGAAUUGACAAAGUUGGUGUGCAGUUGCCCACUGUAGAAGUGAGAUACAAAAAUCUGUGUGUUGAAUCAGAAUGCGAGAUAGUUCAGGGAAAGCCUCUCCCCACUCUAUGGAACACUGCCAAGAGCAUUCUCUCUGGGAUUGCCAAUCUGUCAUGUUCGAAACAACGAACCAAGAUAAGCAUCAUAAAAGAUGUCAGUGGCGUUGUUAAGCCAGGAAGGAUGACUUUAUUACUAGGCCCUCCAGGAUGUGGAAAAACUACUAUGUUGAUGGCUCUCUCUGGGAAACUAAGCCAUUCUCUGAAGGUUGCCGGGGAAAUGUCUUACAAUGGUCAUAAAUUGGAAGAGUUUGCUCCUCAGAAAUCCUCUGCAUAUGUUAGCCAAUAUGAUCUGCAUAUUCCAGAGAUGACAGUGAGAGAAACAAUUGAUUUUUCAGCACGUUGUCAAGGAGCAGGAAGCCGAGCUGAGAUCAUGAUGGAAGUCAGUAGAAGGGAGAAGCAGGCAGGAAUACUUCCAGAUUCUGAUAUGGAUGCCUACAUGAAGGCAAUAUCAGUUGAGGGAUUGAAAAGUAACCUUCAGACAGAUUACAUAUUGAAGAUUCUAGGACUUGAUAUUUGUGCCGACACAAUGGUUGGCGAUGCCAUGAGAAGAGGUAUCUCAGGAGGUCAGAAGAAACGGCUGACUACAGGGGAGAUGAUUGUCGGGCCAACAAGAGCACUCUUCAUGGAUGAAAUAUCAAAUGGCUUAGACAGCUCAACCACUUUACAAAUUAUAUCUUGUCUACAACAUUUGUCUCAUAUUAUGGAUGCUACUGUGUUGAUUUCAUUACUUCAACCAGCACCAGAGACCUUUGAUCUCUUUGAUGACAUCAUUCUAAUGACAGAAGGGAAGAUUGUGUAUCACGGCCCCCGUUCUAGUAUUUGCAAAUUCUUUGAGGACUGUGGGUUUAGAUGCCCUGAAAGAAAAGGUGUUGCGGACUUCCUUCAAGAGGUUAUUUCCAGAAAAGAUCAAGGACAAUAUUGGUUCGUUACUGAACAACCAUACAGUUAUGUUUCAGUUGACCAGUUUGUUAAAAAAUUCAAAGAAAGUCAGCUUGGCAAGAAUCUAGAGGAAGAGAUCACGAAGCCAUUUGAUAAGUCUAAAAACCACAAGAGUGCUUUAUCCUUCACAAGCUACUCGUUAACAAAAUGGGAAAUGUUUAAAGCUUGCAGUGUAAGAGAAUUUCUUCUAAUGAAAAGGAAUUCUUUUAUAUAUGUAUUCAAAACUACACAGCUAUUUAUCAUUGCUUCAAUAACAAUGACUGUCUUACUGCGCACAAGAAUGGCUAUUGAUGCGAUCCAUGCAAGCUAUUACAUGGGUGCUUUGUUCUAUGGACUGGUUAUCUUACUUGUAGAUGGAUUUCCAGAGCUGCAGAUGACUGUCUCUCGACUUGCAGUUUUUUAUAAACACAGAGAGCUAUGUUUUUAUCCUGCUUGGGCUUAUGCGAUCCCUUCUGCCAUCCUUAAAGUUCCAGUUUCACUCUUGGAAGCUUUUGUUUGGACAGCUCUUACUUACUACGUCAUCGGCUACAGCCCUGAGUUCGGAAGGUUUCUCCGCCAGUUCCUUCUACUCUUUCUGGUACACUUGACAUCAACAUCCAUGUUUCGGUUUGUUGCAUCUGUCUUCCAAACUGUGGUUGCUUCAACAGCAGCUGGUUCUCUCGCUAUAUUAGUUGCUUCAGUAUUUGGUGGCUUCGUAAUUGCAAAACCCGCUAUGCCUGUUUGGCUGGCAUGGGGAUUUUGGAUUUCUCCAUUAACAUAUGGUGAGAUAGGUUUGACUGUCAAUGAGUUUCUUGCUCCUCGGUGGGAAAAGGUUGUCUCUGGUUACACAUCCAUCGGACAACAAACACUAGAAAGCCGUGGAUUAAAUUUUCAUGGCUACUUUUACUGGAUAUCAGUUGUUGCAUUGAUUGGGAUGACAGUGCUUCUCAAUAUCGGUUUCACAAUGGCUUUAACCUUCUUAAAACCCCCAGGAAAAUCUCGUGCAAUUAUUUCUCGUGAAAAGUACUAUCAGCUGCAAGGAAAAAUAAAUGACCGCGAUGUUUUUGACAAGGACAUGACCCUCACUGCUGCGCCUGCUAAAUCUAGUGCAGAAACCAAAAAGGGAAGGAUGGUUUUGCCUUUUGAGCCCCUUGCUAUGACAUUUACGGAUGUUCAGUACUACGUUGAUACGCCACUGGAAAUGCGAAGGCGUGGUAAUCAACAGAAGAAGCUUCAGCUUCUUUCUGACAUUUCUGGUGCAUUCAAACCUGGCAUCCUCACGGCAUUGAUGGGUGUUAGUGGAGCAGGGAAAACAACUCUUAUGGAUGUUCUUUCUGGAAGGAAAACUGGUGGUACCAUUGAGGGAGAGAUUAGAAUUGGCGGGUAUCUAAAGGUUCAGGAUUCAUUUGCUAGAAUAUCAGGGUACUGUGAGCAAACCGACAUUCAUUCCCCACAAAUUACUGUAGAAGAAUCUCUGAUAUACUCUGCUUGGUUGAGGCUCCCACCUGAGAUAAAUGCGAGAACUAAAACUGAGUUUGUAAAUGAAGUUAUUGACACUAUCGAGCUUGAUGAGAUCAAAGAUUCUUUAGUAGGCAUGCCAGGAGUCAGCGGUUUAUCGACUGAGCAGCGUAAGCGGUUGACUAUAGCAGUGGAACUUGUUGCCAAUCCAUCUAUCAUAUUUAUGGAUGAACCCACUUCGGGUUUAGAUGCAAGAGCAGCUGCAAUAGUUAUGAGAGCAGCAAAGAAUAUAGUUGAAACAGGAAGAACAGUAGUUUGCACCAUUCAUCAGCCAAGUAUUGAUAUCUUUGAGGCAUUUGAUGAGUUGAUUUUAAUGAAAAACGGAGGACGCAUAAUCUAUUCUGGACCAUUAGGCCAGCGGUCAAGCAGGGUGAUUGAGUACUUCGAGAGUAUUCCUGGUGUGCCUAAGAUUAAGGACAAUUACAAUCCUGCAACAUGGAUUUUAGAAGUUACUUCUCAAUCUGCAGAGGCUGAACUUGGUGUAGAUUUUGGUCGAAUUUAUGAAGGGUCUACAUUGUAUCGGGAGAAUGAAGAUUUGGUCAAGCAAUUGAGUUCACCAACUCCUGGUUCCAAAGAACUGCAUUUUCCUACUCGUUUUUCACAAAAUGGAUGGGGGCAACUCAAAGCAUGCCUGUGGAAACAAAACUUGUCUUAUUGGAGAAGUCCUUCUUAUAACCUUGCGCGCAUUGUUUUCAUGUCCUCUGGAGCUUUCGUAUUUGGCCUGCUGUACUGGCAGCAAGGAAAGAAAAUAAAAAACGAGCAGGAUUUGUUCAAUAUAGCCGGCUCAAUGUACGCAUUCAUUGUAUUCUUCGGCAUAAACAAUUGCUCCUCAGUGCUGCCUUUUGUGGCAACAGAGAGGACUGUUUUGUACCGGGAAAGAUUUGCUGGGAUGUAUUCUUCGUGGGCCUAUUCAUUUGCUCAGGUGCUAGUUGAGGUUCCAUACUUGCUCGUUCAAUCAAUCAUUUAUGUGAUCGUCACAUAUCCUAUGAUUGGUUACUCGUCGUCUUCCUAUAAGAUAUUCUGGUCUUUCUACAGCAUGUUCUGCACAUUGCUGUUCUUCAACUACCAAGGGAUGCUGCUUGUGUCAUUGACACCAAACAUUCAAGUGGCUGCCAUUAUAGCCUCAUUUUCAUACACAAUGCUCAACUUUUUCUCUGGGUUCAUUGUCCCAAAACCGCGUAUUCCAAAAUGGUGGCUUUGGUUGUAUUAUAUUUGCCCCACUUCCUGGGCAUUAAAUGGUAUGCUGACCUCACAAUAUGGAGAUGUAGACGAAGAAAUAUCAGUGUUCGGCGAGGCCAAAGCUCUUUCUGAUUUCGUCGAGGAUUACUUUGGGUUCCAUCACAGCUUUUUGAGUGUUGUUGGUGUUGUUCUAGUAAUCUUCCCCAUUGUCACUGCUUCUCUUUUUGCUUAUUUUAUAGGAAGACUCAACUUUCAGAGAAGGUAGAAUUCGUGUUUUGCAUCGUUUCUUUUUGUUGCAAUCGAAGGUCGAUUUUGUAUUGAUGCAUCUGUUGUUGUAUCAUUAAUUGAUACUUAUAAUAACUAUCCCAUGCAAUUUUUAUUUUAUUU